ACGUAAGAGGCGGGGCUUCAGUUUCGAGAUUCAUCGCGCAUAGUCACACGUGAUGCUCUAGAGUCACAGGCGUAGAGCUGAAUCAGUGCGCGGGGACUAUGGAGCUGAAGAUCCGUUUAUGUGUGGUGCUGUUCUCUCUGAGUGUGUGCCUCGCUCUCAUGGGUCAUGUGAGGGCACAGGAGGAGCCUGACGACAUGGAAAUGGAUGUGGAGGAUGCCACGGAUUUAGUACCGGAGGAAGAUGUUGAGGAAGAGGAACAGAAAGCCCCACCAACACCCACUGUCACGUAUAAAGCUCCAGAGCCAAUGGGAGAGCACUACUUUGCAGAGUCAUUUGAUAAAGGCACACUUCAAGGAUGGGUUUUGUCCCAGGCCAAGAAGGAUAGUAUCGAUGAGGAUAUUGCCAAGUAUGAUGGUAAAUGGGAGGUGGAAGAGAUGCAGAACACCAAACUCCCAGGUGAUAAAGGUCUUGUGCUGAAAUCCAAAGCCAAACAUCACGCCAUUUCUGCUCUCAUGCUGCGAUCUUUCACCUUUGACACCAAACCCCUCAUAGUCCAGUAUGAGGUGAACUUUCAGACUGGCAUCGACUGUGGCGGAGCCUAUGUUAAACUGCUGUCACAAAGCCCUGACCUCGAAUUGGAGCAGUUUGUGGAUAAGACUCCAUACAGCAUCAUGUUUGGGCCUGAUAAGUGUGGUGAGGAUUACAAACUGCACUUCAUCUUCAGACACAAGAACCCUAAAACAGGAGAGUUUGAGGAGAAACAUGCCAAGAAGCCCGACUCAGACCUUCGCACGUACUACACCGACAAGAAAACCCACCUCUACACACUGGUGCUAAACCCUGACAACAGUUUUGAGAUCCUGAUUGAUCAGACUGUGGUGAACAGUGGUAAUCUGUUGAAUGACAUGACUCCCCCCAUCAACCCACCCGCUGAGAUUGAAGAUCCAGACGACCACAAGCCCGAGGACUGGGACGAAAGACCCAAGAUCCAGGACCCAGAUGCUGUCAAACCCGAAGACUGGGAUGAAGACGCUCCUGCUAAGAUUCCUGAUGAAGACGCUGUGAAACCCGAUGGCUGGUUGGACGAUGAGCCAGAAUACAUCAGCGACCCUGACGCCAUCAAGCCAGAGGAUUGGGAUGAGGAUAUGGAUGGCGAGUGGGAGGCGCCUCAGAUCCCAAACCCUGCCUGUGAGACCGCCCCUGGCUGUGGUGCAUGGCAGAGACCAAUGAUUGACAACCCCAACUACAAGGGCAAGUGGAAGUCACCCAUGAUUGAUAACCCUAAUUAUCAGGGUGUGUGGAAGCCCAGGAAGAUUCCUAACCCAGACUUCUUUGAAGACCUCCACCCUUUCCGUAUGACUGCAUUCAGCGCCGUGGGUCUGGAGCUCUGGUCCAUGUCCUCUGAUAUUUACUUUGACAACUUCUUCAUCGCUUCUGAUCGUAAUGUGGCUGAUCAGUGGGCCACAGAUGGCUGGGGUCUGAAGAAAGCAGCAGAGGGAGCCGCUGAGCCCAGUGUGGUGAAUCGGAUGAUCACAGCUGCUGAAGAGAGACCCUGGCUCUGGAUCGUCUACGUUCUGACUGUGGCUGUACCUCUGGUCCUCAUCAUUGUCUUCUGUUGCACUGGAAAGAAGAGCUCAGCUUCCACAGCUACAGCAGCGGAGUACAAGAAGACAGAUGCUCCUCAACCAGACGUGAAGGAUGAAGCUGAGGAGGAGGAGGAGGAGGCGGAGGAGAAGCCUGAGGAAGAAGCCAAAGAUGAAGAACCAGAUGGAAAGAAGAGUGAAGAAGAGGAUUCUACAGGAGAUGGAGAGGAGGCAGCAGGGACUGAACACAACGACAACAAUAAAUCUAAUGAGAAAUCAGAGGAGGACAUUCUGAGAAGGUCUCCCAGAAAUAGAACUGUUAGAAAGGACUGAAGAACUUGAACUAGUUUCAUGUGCAGUUCCUCGCCUCAACCAUAUCCCAACAUCCCGCUCCUCCCAUACCUUCCCCACCCACGUUCCCUUCCUCCCCUGUUCUUCUGCUUCAUUUUCAAUACUGUGACAACGAAGUGAAACAGUCCACCGCACGACCAACAGCAACACGAACACCUCCUCAAACAGGGCUGAGGAUGUUGAUGGUUACCAUGGUGACGACGAUGAUUGAAUAGCAUAAUAACGUUCUCGUAACUAAACAGAAAUCUUUGUUACCAUACCUCGACAGUGCAUCUAGUAUAUCUUCCUUUUAAGCCGCCACACACAAUUUCAGACAGUGUUCCUGCACCCAAACCAUGGCGACACUAUGGCACACUAAAUAUUGUAAGGCAAACAGCUUUAUUUGUCUGUGUUUUGUAGGGAACACGUAAUAGAAUAACAAGAGAAGCCACGGAAAGAAACGAUUGUAAGAAAGACGGGCGAUUUGAUAUAUGUAUUCAUUAAAAACUCUAAAACGGGCCACAUGUCGCUUGAACGUACACUUGGAUUUUAAGUGUCAUAAAGUGAUUCAACCUCCAUUCCAUGUGGUCCAACUAUGACAUUUAAGGGAUAGUUUACCCAAAAAUGUAUUCAUGCUCAUGUAACUGCAAACCUUUAUGACUGUGGAACAGAAGAGGAGACAUUUAUAAGAAUAUUGACACUGAUAAAUGGCAACUGAUGCUGUCAGUCCCUAACAUUCCUCCUGACGUUUCCUUUUGCAUGUUCCACGGAAGAAAGAAAGUCAUCUGACUUUGGAACAACAUAAAGGUUAAUAAAUGACAGAAUUUCAAUUUUUGCAUCAACUAUCCCUUUAAUACAUCCAGAUAUGGCGCACGCGCUCAGCAAAGUGUCCAGGGAGAAUGCCAGGUAGAUUUGUAGGUUCUAGUGUGCUGCCUUAUUUGUAGGACACAAGAUUUGCUAAUAUUUUUUCUGUGAAUGUACUGUGAGUUUUGUCUAAUAUGUUUUCUUUUUUUGUUUGUUUGUUUGCUAUUCCAAUGGACUUUUUUCUAAAUCUGUAUAAACUUGUUUUCUGGUCUUGAACUGAAGUAGAUUCUAACCCGUCCAGCCCGAUAACGAUUCCAUAAUGGGACAAAAACUUGACAUUUCAGCAUGGUUGUUUUUUUUGUUCAAUGUCUAUUCAUCUGAGAAUAUUGUGGGCUUGGUUUACUCUAUUAAUCAUAUAUUUUGUGAUGUCAUACCCAUGUUUCCAAUACUUCCUGCAGUAGCAGCUUCCUCUUAUAGAACCAAUCACAUUCAGACCAUGUAACCAACUAAAUGACCAUUUCACAAUUCCAAUAUUAGAAGACUCUUUGUUUUCUGAGUGCCACUCGAAAUGUGGAAAGCAUGGUUGUGUGUCUAAAGCAAUCUGAAAUUUCAUGUGCCAUUUCAGAACUCUGCCCCUAAAUGCUUGACCCUAAAGAUCUAAAAAGGCACUAUUAGGGGCUUACUCUGAUUUAACUAACACAUGUAGUAUUGCUAGUGAAUUGUUUCUACUCUCAAAAUGGCAAACCGGACUCAUCUCUGUAUAUUCCAUCAAGACCGUCAGAUGAGAUGACAACGUGAGACUUUUGAAGAGUUGGGACUUUUAUAGGUAAUGAAGAUUAACUAAUAUAAAAAAAUGAAUAAAUCAACCACAACAUACAAGCCGAUACAUGUUGCUCUGCUGUAUUUUAAAGAGAUAGUUCAACCAAAAUGUGCAUUUCUGUCAUGAUUUACUCACCAUACCAAACCUGUAUGACGUACUUUAUUCAGUGGAACAAUAUGUUAGGUCGUUUAAGUUAGGAACAAAAUGAGGGUGAGUGAAUGAUUGCAGAAUUUUAUUUUUUGGGUGAACUGUCCCUUUAAGACCUUACUUUGCUUUCUCUAAUGUGCAAUCUUAAAUGUCUUUGCUGUACAUGUAUGUUUGGGCUGUCAAUUCCUCUUUUUUUAUCACAAAUGUAGGCGAAUAAACGUUUGAAUGGA